AUGCUGCCCAAGUUCGACCCCAACGAGAUUAAAGUUGAGUACUUGAGGUGCACUGGAGGUUUAGUUGGUGCCACAUCCACCUUGGUCCCCAAGAUUGGUCCCCUGGGUCUGUCUCUAAAGAAAGUUGUUGAUAACAUUGUCAAGGUGACCAGUGACUGGAAAGGCCUGAGGAUCACAGUGAAACUGACUAGACAAAGCAGACAGGCCCAGACUGAGGUGGUGCCCUUGAUCACUAAAGUCCCCAAGGAGCCACCAAGAGACAGAAAGAAGCAGAAGAACAUUAAACACAGUGGAAAUAUCACUUUCAAUGAGAUUGUCAGCAUUGCCCCGCAGAUGCGACACCGGUCUUUAGCCAGAGAACUUUCUGGAACUAUUAAAGAGAUCCCGGGUACUGCAGUCUGUGGGCCUCCACCCUCAUGA